AAAAGAAAAUUAUACACCCAAAAAGAAGUAGAAAUUGCAUCAAUUUCGGAAAGAAAAUAAAAUUUUCAUUUUGACUUAGCCCAACUAACUUCUUCUCCACGCACUCCCUCUUCCUCUCUUCUCCCAAACCGUCACGCGUUCUUUUUUUCAAUAAAUAUAUACACUUCCAUAUAUAUAUAUAUAUAUACAUAUAUACUUCAACCUACCCAUUUCUCAAUCCUCUCAAAACACACAACUUUUCACAUCAUCAAAACACAGAGUAUUCAAAAAUACACCUUUUCCUCAAAAAAAAAAAAAAUAUAAAAUGGCUCUUUCAAGGAUUUCUACAUCUAUUUUAUUGAUGUUUGUAUUGAUCUUAGCAUCAUUUUCAUCAUCAAUGGAAGCGAGAAAGUUAUUAAACUCUCACGAAGCGAAAAAAGUAUCAAAUUUAAAGUCUCUGUAUCUAAAUGCUCUGCCUAAAGGCAGAGUACCAGCUUCUACACCAAGCAAAAAAGGUCACUCUUAUACAACAGAUGAAAAGCUUAUCGCCCGUCAUCUCGCAGCUGUCGAUCGGAUUCUCCGGUCAGUUCCCAGCCCCGGAGUUGGCCAUUAAUUUUAAUAACAGGCACGCGGUCAGAGCCUUGACUCUGUCCAACUCAUGUAAACAUUUUUUUUUUUAUGUUACAGUUUUGGAUUCAUUUUCUUGGAGGGAAUUAAAUUAGGUCACGAUUUGUAAACGUUAGUAUAAUUGGGGAAAAUUGUACAGCUGGGAGAGUGAUGAUAUAGAAUUUUUUUUAAAAAAAAUUAUUUUAUGGAGUUGUAUACUACUUAUACUUUUAAUUUUUGUUUUUGUUGUUCUUGUUAGGGAUCAUUUGAUUUGAUGAUUAUUGGUUCUAUUAUUUCUAAAUUGAAUCAUGAUUCAUGAGUCUGUAUUUAUUUA